UUGGCCGUUUCCAACUUGACAGGCAAGGCCCCUCUCCUUAUGCUGGGUCACCAGGGAUCUUUCAGGUAUCGCCGGGCUGGGGCACAGGGCACACCCAGGGCUUAUCCUUGCCAAGAGGGCAGAGGGGCAUGGUUGGGCCCUGGAGCUACAACCUGCAAGCCUGCUAUACACGAUGCCAGGCACUGGGUCCCAAGUCCAGUGGUCCCACUACAGGUAUGCUCAUGUGUCCCCAAUCCCGUGCAGGCCAAGGACAGCGAUGACGACGAUGAUGUCACUGUCACCGUGGACCGAGACCGCUUCAUGGAUGAGUUCUUCGAACAGGUAGAGGAGAUCCGAGGCUUCAUUGACAAGAUCUCCGAGAAUGUGGAGGAGGUGAAGCGGAAGCACAGUGCCAUCCUGGCCUCCCCCAACCCUGAUGAGAAGACGAAGGAGGAGCUGGAGGAACUCAUGUCUGACAUAAAGAAGACAGCAAACAAAGUGCGCUCCAAGUUGAAGAGCAUCGAGCAGAGCAUCGAGCAGGAGGAAGGCNNNNUUAGGUCUGACACCUGUACCCGUCUCUCGGACCCCUAGCACUCCACGUUGUCCCGGAAGUUUGUGGAGGUCAUGUCAGAGUACAACGCGACACAGUGUGACUACAGGGAGCGCUGCAAAGGCCGGAUACAGAGGCAGCUGGAGAUCACUGGCCGGACCACAACCAGUGAGGAACUAGAGGACAUGCUGGAGAGUGGGAAUCCGGCCAUCUUUGCCUCUGGGAUCAUCAUGGACUCCAGCAUCUCGAAGCAGGCCCUGAGUGAGAUUGAGACACGGCACAGUGAGAUCAUUAAAUUGGAGAACAGUAUCCGUGAGCUGCACGACAUGUUCAUGGACAUGGCCAUGCUUGUGGAGAGCCAGGGAGAGAUGAUUGACAGGAUUGAGUACAACGUGGAGCAGUCGGUGGACUACGUGGAGAGGGCCGUGUCUGACACCAAAAAGGCUGUCAAGUACCAGAGCAAGGCGCGCCGGAAGAAGAUCAUGAUCAUCAUCUGCUGUGUGGUCCUGGGCAUUGUCAUUGCCUCUAUCUUUGGAGGGAUCUUUGGAUAGAAACUACCCCACCUGCCUCUCCACUCUGGAUGGCCCACACUAAGGAAGCUCCUUGGUUGCUGACUCCCUGUGGCUCGGAGCCCCCUCCACACCCACCCUGCCCUGAGCCGUCAUGUGCAUGAUCUUUGUGACAGUGUGUGUCUGUACAAGAGGCCGAGGGGAGCCAGGCUAGGAAACAACCAGCGGGGUGGGGAUCAGGUCAGCAAGGCACAGACUCAGGCCCUGGCCCGGCUGCUUCACCUUCCCAGGCAGAGCUGCCCAGGUAGCCAUGUUUCCCUUCCUCUGCCUUCAGUAAUUCCACUCUUGACCUGGGGUCGGCCCUCUCCAUGCAUCAAGGCUCUCUGUACCCCAACCUUGCCUCCUGCUGACCCCACCAUCUAUCCUGUCCUCUCCAGCUGUGCCCCCUAAGCCCACCCCCCUGAGGGGUGGGGAUCAGCUGGCCACAUGGUGCUGCUUUUCAGGUUAGGGGAGGAAUGGCCCUGAGAGACAGCCCAGCUCUAAGCCUCUAACAGCCAGUCACUGCCAGGGAGGCUCAGGGUGCUGUGGCCAGGUAGCUUCUGGCUGUGUCAAGGCCAGACUCUCCCCUAUCUAGGGGCAGAGUCCAACAGGUCUUCGGCUGCCUCAACCUCCCCACAUUCCUAGAGCCCCAGGAGCAAACCCCCCCCUCCCCCCAGGCUAUGCCUGACCCCAGAUAACAUUCUGGAAGAGGCUGGCUGGUGCCUGGUCUCUAGCCACCCUUAGAGCCAGGGAGACAGAGCAGACCUGUCAGGCCAAGCCCACCGCCUGGGCCAGCCAUUUUCCCCAGCAGGCCUUAGCCGGGUCCUCAAGCCAUUGUGUGUUGCAUGUUUGGGACAGUAGUCCCCGCUCUUGUGCUCUGGGAAGUCAGAUGUUACUUCAGGCCUGCAGUCAUGUCCUGCCCUUGCUGUUCCCCACUGAUGUGCCACAUGAGUGUCAGGUGUCUUGGAUGCAGUAUUCAGCAGCCAGCCAGGGAGGGGUACCUCCCCACCAUCUCGGGGCUUCUCAAGUCAGAAACAUGCCCUCACUUCAAGACCCCUCUCUUCCUUGUUGACAGGCAAGGAGUGUGCAUGCGAGUGCAUGCAAUAGGGGACGGGGCCAUGUCUGAGCCCCACCUUUCCUCAGCUUUGCUCCUGUCCAGUGACUGUGACCACUGUCCGCGUGUUGCCUUCUUUACCGACUUCCCUCCCCUCCUUUACCCCUUCACCAAAGGUCUUGGUACAACCAGCUGCCUGUUUUGUGAAAUUUUUAUGUAGAAUAAACAUUUGUAUCUGUCCCAU